AUGCUGAAGUAUGAAUGCAGGCUCCAUUCAAGAAUUUAUCCUAGAGAGGGGGAGCUUGUGAUAGCAAGAGUUUCGUCAAUAGAUACUGAUGGGCUGACUUUGGAUCUGUUGGAGUAUGGAGAUGUACAAGGGCUUGUGCUAUUGGGCGAGCUGUCUAAGAAGAGGGUAAGAACAAUCCAGCAGGUAACAAAGGUUGGAUGUAUUGAGAUAUGCCUUGUGAUAAAGGUAGAUGAGGAGAAAGGGCAUGUGGACUUGAGCAUGUCAAAGGUUACAGACAGUGAGAAAGCAUCAUGUAAGGAAGCAAGUGCAAGAAACAAGCUCGCGUAUUACAUUAUGGCGAAGGCAUCAAGAAAGCUGGAAAUACCUGUUUCUGAGCUUUAUGAGAACAUGGGAUAUGAGAAGGAGGUCGAGUACGGAUCGCUGUAUUGCUUUUUUGCAAAGGCUAAGGAUAACGAAGGGAUUCUUGCAGAUGAUGAGAUUGGGAUGACAAUCAAGGAGCUGAUAAAGGAGCAGUUCCAAGCAUCCACAUACAAAGUGCGUGCAGAUGUUGAUGUGCUGUGUGCAGCGAAAGGAGGUGUUGAGGCAAUAAAGAAUGCAUUUGAGGAUGCAAUUUUAAUUGAUCCAAAACUGGAGUUUAACCUUAUAAAGACGCCUACGUACUCUAUCACACGUGUGUCCAGUAGUAAGGAUAAGGCAUAUGAGUCUGUGAGCAAGGCUUGCGAAGCUCUAAUGCACAGGAUUGCUAAAGAAGGAGGCACGGCAACAGUGGUGAGUCAAGCAAGACUGUAUGGAGAGAAGACAAGGCACAGCCUGCUGAAUUUUGAAGAUGAAGAGAAGAAACUGCCUGAAGAUGAAUCAAGCAGCAACGAAGAAGAUUCAGAACAAUAA